AUGACUACCUCAUCUCUGCAAUCCACACCUGUAUACACAUCAACAGCAACAGCGCCAAGCACUGGGAUCCCAACACAGUCCACCAGUAUGAAAACUGGUAUUACAACUGUUCAUAUCCCUUCCCUUUCUUCUACGCCAAUGAUAAUUUCAACUUUUACAAGCGGCUCCACACUAGGAACCACUAUAAGCAGAACAACUCCAUGUUUCUGCCAUGUAUCCGGAACUCCUGAUUCUUUAUUUUCUCCUGGGGAGGUAAUAUAUAAUAAAACUGAUAGUUCUGGAUGCAGUUUUAUUGCAAUCUGUGACACAAACUGUGAAAUUAAGAGGUAUCCAGUAUUGUGUCCUGAAAUAACAACUUCCCAUCCAUCAACAUCAUCAGUUAUAACCUCAGGAACAUCAUCUACUCUCAGUUCCACAACUUGGGUUCCAUCAACUCAACUACACACUUCCUCAGCUCCACCAACUCAGCAAGUCAUUUUCUCAACUCCUGUACCAGGUUGCCCUUAUGCCAAUCCACCUAGAAAGAUUAAUGAAACAUGGAUGUUUAAUAACUGCACUAAGGCAACAUGCGAGGGGAACAACCGAAUUGUUAUGGUGCCACUCCCACAAGCUGAGAAGAUAGACUGUGCCAGUGGACUCCAACCAAUAAAAAUAGUGGAUGAGGAUGGCUGUAUAGAACGCUAUGAGUGUGAAUGUAUCUGUACGGGUUGGGACAAUUCUAACUAUAUGACUUUUGAUGGCACUCCUUACACUUUUCAUGGCAACUGCACUUAUAUCUUGGUGAAAGAAAUUGUGAAUGAACAUGGAAACCUCCGUAUUUUGCUUGACAAUUCCUUCUGUGAUGUAGCUAAUAAUCAGUCCUGUUCCAGAUCCCUGCUUAUAUAUUACAACUCUAUGGAAGUCAUACUAAGUAGUCAAAUACAUGAAGGAGUGAGAACUAACAAGGUUUUUUUCAACAAUGAGUCAGUCACAGGGGGCUUCACCAAAGAUGGCAUUUUGGUUACUAGUGCUGGUAUUACCAUGACAGUUGAAAUACCUGCCAUCAAUGCUUUUGUUUCCUUCAACGGCUUCAUCUUCUCUAUUAUGCUUCCAUAUGCCCUCUUUCAACACAACACAGAGGGACAGUGUGGGCUUUGUUCAAAUGACCGAUCAGAUGACUGUCGCUUGCCCAAUGGUCACGAAGCUGCCUCCUGCUCAGACAUGGCUGUCCACUGGAAAGUUUACGAUAACAAUAAGCCCUACUGUCAGCCAGUGCUAACAACAAGACCUCCAACGACCACAACAGUGCCAACCACCAAACCUUUGGUGACCACAUCAUCACCAAUAACAACACCCUGCAGCACUCCAUCAUCUUUGUGCAAGCUGAUUAUAAGCGAUAUUUUUGCAGAUUGCCAUAAAGUUCUGCCUCCAAGAGAAUUCUAUGAAAACUGCCUCUAUGAAUCAUGUCAGACUUUCAACAAUUCCUUGACUUGCUUCUACAUUGACAUAUAUGCUUCCCUCUGCACGGCUAAAGGGGCUUGUACUGACUGGAGGAGCAAGAGCCAAGGAAAAUGCCCCUACCAUUGCCCCAAAGAUAAGGUGUACGCUGCUUGUGCUCCCAUUCAUCAACGAACCUGUGAUUAUAAAGGAUUAGAGCACGACAGUAAUGACCGUGUUACUGAACGAUGUGUUUGCCCAGAAGACAAAAUCUUGUUCAAUUCUUACACUGAUCUCUGUGUUCCAGAAUGUGGUUGUGUGGGACCAGAUGGAUUACCAAAACUACCUGGUUCCAAAUGGAAGAGCAAUUGUCAAGAGUGCAUAUGUGACCCUUUGUCUACAAGCGUACAAUGUAAGCCACAGAGCUGCCCAUCAGCAGUCGACAAAUGUAAGAAUGAAGGAUUUAUGCCCAUCCUUGUGCUAAACUCAGAAGAUCCAUGCUGCCCAGAAAUCAAAUGCAUAUGCAAUAAUAGUAUGUGCUCCAUGGAAAAGAAAACUUGUAAACCUGGAUACCACCUAGCCUCAGUCAUUUUCGAAGGAAUGUGCUGUGUCAACUUUACAUGUGAACUAACAGAAAAUGUCUGUGUGGUCAAUGGAACAGUUUAUGAGCCUGGAAUGCCUGUUCCUGGUAAAUCCUGUGAAACAUGCACCUGUAGUUCUGUAAAGGACCCUGUUUCCAAGAGAAACCUUGUGGAAUGUAAGCCGGUUACCUGCAACAAAGAUUGUCCAAUGGGUCAUGAGUACCAAGUAAAAGCUGGCGAGUGUUGUGGAAAAUGCAUCCAAGUGGCUUGCAUCAUCAACAUUAAUGACACUGCUGAGAUACUGAAGCCUGGGCAGACAAAAGCUAGUAAUUGUAGCCAGUACAGAUGUGAGCCAAGGAACAAUACACUGGUUUUGGUCAAGACUGAAGAAACAUGCCCUUUCUUUGACCCAGACUGUAAUCCUGAUCAAAUUGAAUUGACUCCAAAUGGCUGCUGCAAGAUAUGCAGAGAGACACAAAACUGCAAGGUAUACAAGAAUGAAACUCUAAUUCAUGAAAAUGAAUGUGUAUCUCCUGAAACUGUCGAAUUGACCUACUGUGAAGGAACUUGUAAAAGCUCUUCAGUAUAUUCCCAAAAGGCAAAGACAUUUCAGCGUAAAUGUAACUGUUGCCAAGAGUCCAAGAGCCAUAGAAAAGAAGUUAUCUUGACAUGUCCGAAUGGCACAACCAUCAUUUAUGACUAUAUGUAUGUGGAUGAGUGUAAUUGCACAACUGCAUGCACCUAA